GCGCCCGCCCUCAGCACGGAGGCCCGCGCUGCCGCCGCCCGGGAGGUGCUCCUGGCUGCGCUUGAAGACCUAAGCCAGGAGCGGUUGAAGCGCUUCCGCCACAAGCUGCGGGACGCGCCGCUGCACGGCCGCCGCAAACCGUGGGGGCGGCUGGAGGGCACGGACGCCGUGGACCUCGCGGAGCACCUGAUCCAUUUCGACGGGCCGGAGCGCGCGCUAGACGCGGCGCGAAAGACCCUGAAGAGGGCGGGCGUGCGUGAUGUGGCGACGCUGCUCAAGGAGCAGCGGCUGCGGAGGCUCGGCCUCAGCUCCUAGGCGCUGCUCUCCGCGUCAGAGUACAAGAAGAAAUACCGAGAGCACGUGCUGCGGCAGCACGCCAAGGUGAAGGAGAGGGACGCUCGCUCCGUGAAGAUGAGCGAGCGCUUCACCAAACUGCUCAUCGCGCCCGAUAGCGCUGCCCUGGAGCACGAGGCUCCGGGGCCCGCGGAAGAGCCGGAGCCGGAGCGCGCUCGGCGAUCCGACACCCACACCUUCAACCGCCUGCUCGGCCACGACGGGGAGGGCCAGAGACCGCCGACCGUGGUGCUGCAGGGCCCGGCGGGCAUCGGCAAGACCAUGGCGGCCAGGAAAAUCCUGUACGACUGGGCGGCGGGCAAGGUGUACCACGGCCAGGUGGACUUCGCCUUCUUUGUGUCUUGCCGCGAGGUGCUGGAGCGACCGCGCACGUGCAGCCUGGCCGACCUGACCCUGGACCAGUAUCCCGACCGCAACGCGCCGGUGCGACAGAUGCUAGCGCAGUCCACGCGGCUGCUGUCCAUUCUGGACGGCGUGAACGAAUUGCCGGCGCCAGGGCCCGCCGAGGCCGCGCCCUGCACAGACCCCCUUGAGGCCGCGAGCGGCGCGCGGAUGCUGGGCGGCCUGCCGAGCAAGGCGCUGCUGCCCACGGCCCGCGUGCUGGUGACCGCGCGCGCCGCCGCCCCCGGGAGGCUGCAGAGCCGCCUGUGCUCCCCGCAGCGCGCCGAGGUGCGCGGCCCCUCCGACAAGGACAAGAAGUACUUCUACAGGUUCUUCCAGGACGAGUGGAGGGCGGAGCGUGCCUGCCGCUGCGCGAAGGAGAAUGAGACGCUGUUCUCGCUGUGCUUCGCCGUGUGCUGGACCGUCUGCCCCGUUCUGCGCCAGCUGCCAGGUCCUGACCUGUCGCGCACCUCCAAGACCACCACGUCCGUGUACCUGCUUUUCAUCGGCAGCGUCCUGAGCUCGGCGCCCGCGGCCGACCGACCCCGCCUGCAGGAAGAGCUGCACAAGCUGUGCCGCCUGGCCUGCGAAGGCGUCGUCGGGGGCAGGGCGCAGGUCUCUGAGAAGGACCCGGAACGACUGGAGCUUUGCGGCUCCAAAGUCCAGGCGCAGUUUCUCAGCAAGAAUGUGACAGGCGUGCUGGAAACCGAGGUCACCUACCGGUUCCUCGACCAGACCUCCCAGGAAUUCUUAGCCGUGCUGUCCUACCUGCUGGAGGACGAAGCUCCCCAGACACCUGCUGGCGGCGUAGGGGCACUUCUGCGGGGGCACCCGGAGCUGCGUGGCCACCUCGCGCUCACUACGCGCUUCCUUUUCGGGCUACUGAACACAGAGAGGAUGCGCGACAUCGAGCACCACUUCAGCUGCGCGGUUUCAGAGCGCGGGAAGCAGGAUGUCCUGAGGUGGGUGCAGGAUCAGGGCCAGGGCUGCCCUAGGGUGGCACCAGAGGGGACCGAGGGGACCCAAGCGCUCCGGGGCGCUGGGGAGUCAGAGGAGGAGGAGGGCGAAGAGCUCAGCGACCUGCUGGAGCUGCUGUACUGCCGGUACGAGACGCAGGAGGGCGCCCUUGUGCACCAGGCCCUGCGCGGCCUUCCUGAGCUGGCACUGGAGUGAGUGCACUUCAGCAGAAUGGACCUGGCCGUCCCGAGCUACUGCGUGCUGUGCUGCCCGGCGGGGCAGGCCCUGCAGCUGGUUAGCUGCAGACUGGCCACUGCCCAGGAGAAGAAAAAGAAGAGCCUGAUGAAGUGGCUACAGGGCAGCCUGGGAGGCAGCUCUAGCUCUCGAACCACCAUGAGAAAACUCCUGGGCUCCCCACUGCAUCCACUCUGUGAGUGGACCGACCGACAGUGUGGUCUGAACACCCUGAUGCUGUCCCGCUGCAAACUGCCCGACUUGGUCUGCAGAGACCUCUCUGAGGCCCUGACGGAGCUGGGCCUCUUCCACAGCUGGCUCAGCGAGGCCGGCCUGCAUGCGCUGAGUGAGGGCCUGGCCUGACCCCAGUGCCGGCUGCAGACACUCAGGGUGCCAGCUGGGCCUCCAGGAGGCUCCCAGUAUGUGUUUGGCCUGCUCCAGCAGAGCCCAGCGCUGACUACCCUGGACCUCAGUGGCUGCCAGCUGUCGGGGACUAUGGCGACCUAAUUGUGUGCCGUCCUGCAGCUCCCAGGGUGCCGCUUGCAAAGCCUCAGUCUAACGUCCGUGGAGCUGAGCGAGCGGUCACUGCAGGAGUGGCGGGCCCUGGGGACAGCAAAGGCGGGACUGGCCGUCACCCACCCAGCAUUGGACAGCGACCCCCAGCCUCACAAAGGGCUCGGCAGUGACCCCUGAGGCCCUGGGGGAGGGCUCUAGUCAGCCCUACGGAGUAGCCCUCCCCACUCCAAGGGCGAGAGGUUGGUGUUCUCUGCUGUGGGCAACUCUUGAGCCUGAGGGGCCCUGGACAGGCAGGUGGGAGACCCAGAGAGACACGGCCCCUUACCUGCUCCUGGACAGCCCCCGAGACCUCCCCACACCCUGGGGACAGGUAUGUCUCUGUCCUCCCCACCAGGAGGAGGGGGUCCCCUCCCCUAACCCCACUGCUGCCCCACCCACGUUCCUCUUCUGGGACCUCCAGCCCUCCCAUUGCAGGCGCCCCUCAGCAACAAGGGUGACGCUGAGCGCCCCCGGGAAUUGAGGACCUACAGUGUGUUGGCCUUUACCUGGUGCAGGAUGACCCGUUUGCUGAUCCUGUGCCCAUGCACAGUAUGGGCACCCAGAGCCCACUACUCGGCUCCAGCCAUAGGGCAUCAAGCAGGGGCUGACCCGUGGCUGAAGGUAGGUGGGUCACCGUCCCUCCUCAGGAAUUUGGGUCUCAGCAUUAGGAGUGAAGCCAUCCCUGAGGCUGUGUGGUCUGAGCCCAGAGGUGUCCACUCGCUGUCUGAGGACUUCAGGAACAGGCCAGAGGAGAGUGGACAGGAGCAGUAGCCCCUGCUCCGGAUGGGAGCUGUGAUGGCGCAUGUGGUGGGCAGCGCCCCCGUGCACUGAUGAUAAAUUCUCCUUGGGAUUUGUUUUUGUCGGUUUCUGUUGCCCUUAGCCAGGCAUCCUAACAGGUGUUCAUACUCUUUCCUUUGGUCCCCAGCCCAUCUCAGUGGGACAGGGUUGUAGCCCCCGUUUCCUGGGUGAGCUCAGGGGAACACCCUGAUGCAGGAAGCUCUGACGUGAGGCUUGGCCUCCAUGGGCAGGGCCAGCGACUGACAGCCCCCGAAUCCUGAAGUCUUCUCUGCUCAACCCUGCUGGACUUGGCCAGCUUCUGGGACCCCAGUCAGCCCCUCCACUUCCCCAAAUUCCCUUCCAUAAUCCAGUUAUUCAUUCCACAGAACAGACCAAAAAUCCCUGCCCUCCUGGAGCUGGUAUUCUAGGAGGAAGGGAAAGCAGGGGGCUGGGGGGAUGGAGCCAGUGGUUUCCUCUUACAUGUAAGUAGUCUGGGAACAUCUGGUUGUGGACGAGGCAUUUGAAAACGGAAGGAAGGGAGGGACCAACCCUAAGGAUGUCCUGAAGAAAAGGCAGUGGGAUGGCAAGUGUAAAGGCCGCAAAGGGGCCUGUCUUGGUUGGCUGCUGCUGUAACAAAAUACCAUACACCGGGUGGCUUGUCAGCAAGAUAAGUUUAUUUCUCGUAGCUCUGGAGGCUGGGAUGCCCAAGGUUAGGAUGCCAGUCAACUUGGUGUCUGGUGAGGAGCCUCUCCCUGCAGAUGGCCGUCUUCUGGCUGUGUCCUCACGGGGUAGAGAGAGGGCGAGCUCUCGGGCCUCUUAU